UUCUGAGGGUCGCAUCUUUCAGGAAAAAUGGAGAGAGAAAUACUUUUUCUGGGAAGUAGGGGGAAAACCUGUUUGUCUGAUUUGUUCGCAACAAGUGGCUGUACCGAAGGAAUACAAUGUCAAAAGACAUUACGAGACCCACGCCGACAAAUUCACCGGGCAACGCAGGACUGGAAAGCUAAAUGAGCUUGCCUCAAACCUUCAAAAACACCAAGCAGCUUUCUCAAAGUCUCGAGAGACACAUGAAGCUAUAUAAGAGCCACACAUCCACACAGAGCUUCAGAGCGACACAAACCUUCACAGCGAGUAACAGCGAGUUUCCAGCGAUCAUCAGCAACUUAUCAGCAAUUCAUCAGCGGCUAUCAGCGGUUUAAUCUUCUCCUUCCGAUUUACGAAAAUAUUUCAGCAUGAAAGUCGAGGUGACCACAGCGGUGACCUUCAUCACCGGAUUACUGAGAGGAAGAGGACCUCUGUCCGAAAAACAGCUCCAACACUUCAGCCGUUCUCUGGAAGAGGCGUUAGGAGAGCAUUAUGAGCACCACUGGUUCCCUGACGCACCGUUCAGAGGUUCGGGAUAUCGAUGCCUCAGAAUCAAUCGCAGGAUGGAGCCGCUAGUAGGGAAGGCUGCUUACACCAGUGGUCUCAGCAUGGAGCAGGUUCGUGCCCUCUUACCGUGUGAGCUGACAGUGUGGGUCGACCCCUACGAAGUGUCCUACCGGAUCGGGGAGAACGGGUCCAUAGGUGUGCUGUAGGAGUCCACACCACUGCCGCUGGAGACUCAUCUCAACUCUGUGAUGACCGUCUCCAGCUAAUCUCUCAGCACAUCUGGCCCACAUCUGUUUGACAUUUUAAAGGAUGAUUUU